CUCUUCUCCAUCUUCUCCGUUCCCCUCAUUGCCUCUUCUGGUGCUCCCGUGUGCUAGUGAUCUACCAGACCCAACCCCCUCCAUCCCCUGGACUCACAAGCCCAGUGUUAGCUUCACGUUAGCCAGCCCCAAAAGCCCCUACACUCCCGAUCACCAUGGAGGCCAUCAAGAAGAAAAUGCUUAUGCUGAAGCUGGACAAGGAGAAUGCACUUGACCAGGCUGAGCAGGCGGAGACGGACAAGAAGGCAGCGGAGGACAGAAGCAAACAGCAUGAAGAUGAGCUGAUUCAGAUGCAGAAGAAGCUGAAGGGCACUGAGGAUGAGCUGGACAAGUACUCCGAGGCCCUGAAGGACGCCCAGGAGAAGCUGGAGGUGGCGGACAAGAAGGCCGCUGACGCGGAGGCGGAGGUGGCCUCCCUGAACCGCCGCAUCCAGCUGGUGGAGGAGGAGCUGGACCGCGCCCAGGAGAGGCUGGCCACCGCGCUGCAGAAGCUGGAGGAGGCCGAGAAGGCCGCGGACGAGAGUGAGAGGGCGAUGAAGGUGAUUGAAAACAGGGCCCAGAAAGAUGAGGAGAAGAUGGAGCUGCAGGAGAUCCAGCUGAAGGAAGCCAAGCACAUCGCUGAGGAGGCAGAUCGGAAAUACGAAGAGGUGGCUCGUAAGCUGGUCAUCGUUGAGGGAGAGCUGGAGCGGACGGAAGAGAGGGCGGAGCUGGCUGAGGCUAAAUGUGCUGAACUGGAGGAGGAACUGAAAAACGUCACAAAUAACCUUAAGUCUCUAGAGGCGCAGGCGGAGAAGUACUCUCAAAAAGAGGACAAAUAUGAGGAAGAGAUCAAAAUCCUGACGGACAAGCUGAAAGAGGCUGAAACCCGUGCAGAGUUUGCAGAAAGGUCCGUCGCAAAGCUGGAGAAGACAAUCGACGAUCUAGAAGACGAGCUUUAUGCACAGAAACUCAAGUACAAGGCUAUCAGUGAGGAGCUGGAUCACGCCCUGAAUGACAUGACCUCUAUAUAAAAUGUCUUGGAUUCGGCUGUACUUUCAAGUUCUGGUUGCAAGACUCUUCUCCAAAGCCUUCUCUGCUGGGUCUCAUCACCUUCUUCGGCUACUAACUUCCUCUGUUUCCUUUUCUCUUUUCAUGGUCUUUCUUUUUCUUUUCAAUUUGUAUACUUUAAUGUACAAUCUCCAAUAUGCCUCCUACCUAUGAUGCUCUUUCUGAACCCUGAUUGUUUCUUCCUCUGCUCUACUUAGUAUCUGUGUUUUCAUCUCAUUGUUCAACAUUCUGAACUUUUUUUUGAAUUCUCUAUAAAUAUUGAAUCCAGCUGUCUGUUUAUUUUCAAAUCUAAUUUCACUUUAUUUAGGUGUUGCUUAUCCCAUUUCUAAACAUUGAUCUUAAUUCAAUGAGAUUGUCAGUCCCACCAUUUCCUUCCCAGUGAAGUCAGGUAAUAUCAGUAAAUUACUAGCGAGAGUCUGUCAAGGAGUGCAAUAGUCAUGAUGGGGGGACAUAAGAUGGGAAGUAAAAUUAAAUAACUCUUGUUUGAGUGAUUUAUGAAAGCUAUUAAAUGAGCAAAAAAUAUGAAUCAGAUAAUAACAGUUCAUUAAUUUGUAGCAAAUGUAGCUCUUGGCUAGAUUGUAGCUUUUCACAACUUUAGAUUUGGUAGACGUCAGUAUUUCAUCAGUGUAUUGACGAAAUUGGGGCACAAUAAAAACGAGCAUACCGACUUUGUUCCCUUUAAAAACGACUGGAUUUAAUAUAUUG